GCGGAGCGCGCGCGUGCCAGUGCCUCCCGUCCCGAGCCGCGAGCAGCCGCCAGCCCGCGCCCGCGUCCGCGACCGCUCCGCGUCACACCCGGCGACGGCCUUUCUAUAAAGACAAGCCGCCGCGAACACUCGCACGCAGUCACGACCCGACCACGUUCACUCGUGCACCCCGCUGACACGCGACAUACAUUACCCCGCGAAACACUUGACUCGCGACUCGCCUCAAGGAAGGAAGCAAUCAUCACCAGUGAUAAUAUCAACGUAACAAUGGCAGAAAAGGACUGGGGAUACAGCGGUGAGAACGGUCCGUCGACUUGGACAGAGAAGUUCCCAGAAGCACGGGGCGCCCGCCAGAGCCCCGUGGACAUAGACACAUCGAGGAUCAGCAGCGGAGGCAGCGCGCCGCCUCUCAAGUGGCGCUACUCCGUCAACCACCCUCGCUCCGUCGUCAACCCCGGCUACUGCUGGAGAGUCGACGAAAAUGGAUAUGACUCAGAGCUUCGUGGUGGUCCCCUCGGCCAUGACGUGUACAAGCUGCAGCAGUGGCACUGCCACUGGGGCGCAGUGAACGGCGAGGGUUCGGAGCACACAGUGGACGGCCGCUCGUUCUCUGGGGAACUUCACCUGGUCCACUGGAACACUACCAAAUACAACAGCUUCCAAGAGGCCGCUGGACAGCCUGAUGGACUCGCUGUUUUAGGCGUGCUUUUAAUGGUUGGUUCAAGACAUGACGAAUUGGACAAAGUUAUACGUUUGCUUCCGUUUAUCACUCAUAAGAACGAUAAAGUGACGCUGUCAGACCCUCUUAACCCGGUGAAGCUGCUGCCUCACCAGCACGCGUACUGGACGUACCCUGGCUCUCUCACCACCCCGCCCUGCACGGAGUCCGUCACAUGGAUCUUAUUCAAGCAGCCAGUUCAAGUUUCCGCUGAACAACUGGCUUCGAUGCGGAAACUGAAGUGCGGUGAAGCGUCAGCCGGCACGGAGGCCAUGGAAGUCCUCCACAACUACAGGCCGACUCUGCCGCUCGGCAACCGUGAGCUGCGCGACUACGGCGCCGGCAACUAACAGCGGCGCCCCGACACUGGUGCAGCACGGCUGCGGUGACGCUGCCACAUGCGCUAUCACGAUACAAUCACAAACAGAGCUGCCAAUUGCGCAGUUCCUCCUGAAACUAGUGCCCCAUUCGCAUUCCGGCGAGUUAAUCUAACGGAUGACACGUGGGCCACGCAACUCUUAUGAAUGGUGCCUACGCAAUGCAAUAUGUUCCGUAUAAAACGAAUCUCGUCAUAGCUAUGUAUGUAGUAUCUAGUUGUAGUUGUAAGUGAGAAAUAAUCUCCGAUCCCAAUUACGCACCUGGUAUCUUGUUAAAUAUACCUACCUAUGUACCUACUAAGAGAGGUUGUGUGAUGCAAAGAGAGAUUCGUUGCGUAGUUCAUCGUAUUCGGAUAAAAAAAACAUUCAAUCACAAUCGUAUUUAUCAUGUUAAUCGAGGUAAUUUUAUUACAUAAUGGGACUUCUCAUGUGUGCUCGUAACUUUAUGUGACUGUAGCUUAUGUAGACAUUAUAAUGUAAUAAUCCUAAUCAAGUGCCUCCAAUCCUUCGAAUAAAAUGUUAUCUAUAUUGAAAUUUAUAUUAAAUAAGAUAUAUAUAACAUUUAAAAUGCAGAUUUAAGAUGACACAAUAAUAGAAAUGUCUUCAGAUGGCUAUAUUUUAUAAAAAUUGACAGCCUUAAUGGCUUAAUUUUCAUUAGAUAUAUUUUAAGAAUUUACAUAAUACCAAUAAGUUAUACAUUUUAAUUAACAACAUGAAAAAAUCUCGGGGAGGUAAACCUAAUGGACCAAAAUCUGCGAAUUUAACAGAUCAUGAAAUAAAUGUAAUCAAAAAAAACUCACAAAAAAUGGCAGAAAGUUAAAAUACAGUUUAUAGGUUUAUGUCUCGAAUAUGAUAAAGCGAUGGGAACGAAAUGAGUUUUCAUAGUAAUUUUCCCAAGAACAUUGUCUGUUAACUGAUAGGUAUUUGGUCCAAACAAAAAUUACAAUUUAUGUUAGGUCACUGAUCUCUAUGUUUUGACCCUGGCAUCGACAAGACCAGUCUGUCACUGGGACAAGUCGACUGCAGUCAAAACGGUGUCUUGACUGAACAACUUACAUAAUACGUAAUAAGUUAAGUAUUGUAUGUAGAUGUACCUUAAAACGAGAGUGCCUCAAAUGUAUAAACGUCAUAGUUAUGUUAACUGGGACGUCGAUACGAUAAAUUUUAAUGUAUUUAUGUUAUAACGAUAAGUGUCGAUGAAGCUUAAAAGCAAUGUACACAAUAAACAUAAUCUUUAACUA